UGACGGUUGACCUGACAACUUUUUCCACCAUGUUUCGCGAUGUGGCUAACCUAACCUAACGUUACCUAGUCCUACCUUAGCGACCAGCACUGUCAUGUGCGAACCAGCAUCAUUGGGGUAUUGCUAACACGAAAUUCACAAAGUUGUUAUUCAACGUGCAAGCAUACCGUGUUUACUCGAUCCAAUAUCAAUAUAACCUUAUAUUUCGACGGUUUCAUUCUGCCACUAUGUAUGAUUUCACUGUAGGGAGGGCUACAAGGUUCGAUGCUAAGCUCACCUUUACGUCUAGCUAGGUGCAUUAGCUCGCUAGCUUACUGGUGCGCACACCUGCUCGUGUUAGAACGAGCGCACGAGCGCGUCGGUGGAGCGUCAAUGGUCGUCUCGUUUCCCCGCAGGUCGUUCGCCUAUUUGACUGUGAGAGACCGAAUGCCCACCAUCCUCACCAGAGUUAUCGAUACAAUACAUCGCAACAAAAACAAGUUUUUUGAAGAAUAUGGAGAGGAAGGCAUCCAAGCAGAGAAGCAAACUAUAUCUCUGCUGUCUAAGAUGAGAAAUGAGCUACUGACCGAUAAGCCACUUCUAGAACUGACAGACAGCCUGCAAGACACCGAGUCCUGGAAUCAGUACCUGCAGAGACAGCAGAAGCAGCAAGGAGACCAGGACUCUGUCAGCUGGUUCAAGUCUCCUUGGCUCUACGUGGAGUGCUACAUGUACCGCAGAGUACAGGAGGCCCUCUGGCUCAAUCCUCCCAUCAGUGACUAUGACGUCUUUAAUGAGGGAAAGACUCAGAGCUUUUUUGAGUCCCAGCAGGCUAUGAUGACCUUAUGUACAUACGUGGAGGGCCUCAACAAGAACAUGGAGGGACUCUCAAAGAAUCAGCUGCUUGAGCAUUUCAACAAACUGCUACAGGUUUCACUCUGGGGGAACAAGUGUGAUCUGUCUAUCUCUGCUGGCCAAGACAACUCACAGAAGACCAGUCCCAUUGAUUCCCUGGACAGCCUGCAACCCUUCAUCUUGGUAAAUGACUCUAACAGGGUAUGGUCGGCUCUUAUUUCUCCUCAGAGGCCGGGACAAUCUAAGGAAACCGCUUUGGUCCGAGUGGACAUUGUUCUGGACAAUUCUGGCUUUGAGUUAUUCACUGACUUGGUCUUAGCAGAUUUCCUCGUCUCCUCCCGCCUCGCCCAUGAGAUCCAUUUUCAUGGCAAAUCCUUCCCAUGGUUUGUCUCUGAUGUCACGGCUAACGAUUUUCAGUGGACCAUCCGGCAGACCACGGCGGCCAACCACAAGUGGAUGUCAAAGAGCGGCGUCCAGUGGAUGAGCCACCUGAAGGAUGGCGCGUGGUCCUAUCACGAUCAUCCCUUCUGGACUCAGCCGCAUGAGUUUUGUGACAUGGAAGCCGAUGCGCCUGACCUGUAUGCGACCCUGCAGGGGGCAGACCUGGUGCUGUUUAAGGGGGAUCUCAACUACAGAAAGCUGACCGGGGACCGGGAGUGGGACCACACAGCGAGCUUCCACACCGCACUGAGAGGUUUUGGGCCUGCGCCACUGUGCAGCCUGAGGACUCUCAAGGCCAACGUCCAGGUUGGUCUGCAGCCGGGCCAAGGCGAGCGGCUCGGCUCCCAAGAUCCUGAGUGGAUGACCAGCGGCAAAUACGCUGUCGUUCAGUUCGACAACGCAAAGUCAGAACAGAAAGACUGAGACGGGGCGGUGUGGAUUCAUCAGAACAUUACAGUUGGAGGUACCAGCAGAAGGAGUCUUUGCACCUCAUUGUCAGUUAGCUCUGCACCACCCUGGAUAGAAAUAUUUACUGUAACAGAAAGGUUUUAGUUGUACAACAUAUUUGUGCCAUGUCAUACUUCCAAUGUUAGCCAACACUUCAUUUUUCCCGAUGAUUUGAGCACAAUUGUUUACGGUCACAAAUUUAUCCUCCGAGGUAACAAAUUAAAAGUUGUUUGUUAUGGCAAAUAAUGGAUGUUGUUCAUUUUGAUGCAAAGAGCUUAUGUCCUGUUCACAAUAUGUUUACAGGUUGUGUAGAUGCAAUUGACUAUUUCAGUAUGAAUUGGGCUUUAAAAAUCAGAGCAGCUGAGCCGCUCAAUGGGUAAUGUAAUAUACAACUUCUUUUUACUCGGCUCCGGUUGUUUUAUUGUUUCAUUCUGUGGUAUUUAUAUGCACAUAUCGAAACAUGAAGAUGGCAAUUCAAAUCCAAGUAAAAGCUAUCAUUGUUUGAUAACCAUUUUGGUUAAUUUGAAAGAUGGCAGACUGUUAUUGGGGAAGUGGAACAAUAACAGUUACAAUGUGUGCUUGUUUUGUUUAACAAGGCAAACCAGACCUUCACUGACGCUGUUAUGUCAUUUAAAGUGUCCUCAUCAGUACCUCGGAGGUGUUAACUGGAUUAUUCUACUGGAUGGAUUUAGGAUUUCCAUUAAUGAGUUUGAUUUAAUAAAGAACUGCACAGCUGUUUUUUUCUUCUCCCCACUGUCUUACUUUACAAACAUUACAGAUAGAAGAUUAGAGACAAGUAAGCAACUCGCGUUUUUAUCUGGUACUUAAAACCGCAUGGUUUAUUCAUCUCAGUCAACAAUGUUCAAGCGCAGCAGCAGAAUCUUCAGCCAAAUAUUGUGAAUACAUUCACUUAAAGUGAGCAACUGCAUCUGCACACGGACAGUAAUUCAUUAGGCAACGUAAAUGUUCCCUAGUUGUGUGACAUUGUUCGUUGAUAUCUUAUAACCGUUGUUGACCUUUUAUUUGCUCUGGGUCAGUGUGGACUCAGAAGAACAUCUGGAAAUGCUGCAACAUGUGCAUUACAAUUCCAGAAUGAGCUGGGAAAACCAAAUGGAAUCAUCAAGGCUGCUUUUGUAAAUGUGGUCCGUCAUGAAAAUGACAUGAAUCAUGCCGGGACGCAUCUGAAGCCAUUUAGGGGAUUUGGCUGUUUCUUUAUAACCCUUAAUUUCCCCACUUUCUCAUUCAACAGAGUCUUCGUUUUAUUCCGGGGGAAAUGUAGAAAAAUAAUAUGUAUCAUCAUCUGGGCUGCUUGUUUUCCACUUGACCUGACAUGUCCUGAAAAUUGGGCUGUUUACUCAAGAAAGAUGUUGCAGAGAAGGGAAAAUGAAGUGCGUGUGACAGGGCCCUCGGCGGGGGAGGUUGUUGCUGCUGAUCAUCUUUAUGAGUUUCUGACUCUUCCACCCAGAAAUAAGUACGUUUAUUUCAAGAUGUUGAUUGUUUUUAGUUUUUAUUAUCUGAAAUCUGGGAUUGACAAUUUGAUAUGUUUUGACAUUGAACUCCCUUUGCAAGUGGUUUUAUUUAACCCUUCUCCUAAAUGUUGGAAAGUAAUUUAUUACUUUUUGAAGUAUUUAAGCUCUUUUCGUGCUUUUUGCAUCUUAAUGCCUGGUCCCAAUGCCUGGACGAACAGGAUCCCUGACAAUCACAACCCUCGAACUUUGGUGCAGUUAACAUGCACAUUUAAUUCUUAAAUCUUGAUUUAAAUUCUCUGAAGUUUUGCUUUGAUUUGUUUAUAUAUAGUGUUCUAUUUUAUCUGUGACUUGACCUGAUCAAGUAAUGAUUAACUGGUCCACGUUGUGGAGUAAUAAUAUCCUCCUUUCCAUGUAAUGUCACUCGGAAAAUACGAUUUUUUAUUUUAUUUUUUAUAUCUGUCAUUAUUUUGUUAACGUUUGUUGAAAUAUAUAAUUUAUGGCAUCCACCAUUCCAUUAAAAUAACCAUCAAUUCCCUCA